CGUAAAGGAGGCGGCGCCGCGGCGCGGCUGCCGAUUCAUGGCAGCGAUGGCGGCGGCCGGGCUGGUGGUGAAUGGGGCGGACGCGGCCGCGGGGCUGAAGGCGGCGGCCGGGAUGUACGAGCAGCUCAAGGGCGAGUGGAACCGCAAGAGCCCCAACCUCAGCAAGUGCGGCGAGGCGCUGGGCCGCCUCAAGCUAGCCCUGCUGGAGCUCAACUUCCUGCCUACUACAGGCACAAAACUGACGAAGCAGCAGCUUAUAUUAGCCAGGGAUAUUCUUGAAAUUGGAGCCCAGUGGAGCAUCCUGAAGAAAGACAUCCCAUCGUUUGAGAGAUACAUGGCUCAGCUGAAAUGUUUUUCCUUCUUUUAUCUGGAUGAGUUGCCAGACUCCGCCUACAAGCACCAGCUGCUAGGACUGAACCUGCUCUUCCUGCUGUCCCAGAACCGCGUGGCUGAGUUCCACACCGAGCUAGAGAGACUCCCAGCGAAGGACAUCCAGACCAACGUGUACAUCAAACACCCCGUCUCGCUAGAGCAGUACUUGAUGGAAGGCAGCUACAACAAAGUGUUCCUCGCCAAAGGCAACAUCCCUGCUGAGAGUUACACUUUCUUCAUUGACAUCUUAUUGGACACCAUUCGGGAUGAAAUCGCCGGCUGCAUCGAGAAGGCUUAUGAGAAAAUCCUCUUCAACGAAGCCACCAGGGUUCUGUUCUUCAACACCCCCAAGAAAAUGACGGAAUACGCCAAGAAGCGCGGUUGGGUUCUGGGUCCACACAACUACUACAGCUUCAGCAGCCAGCAGCAGAAACCCGAAGACACCACCAUCCCAUCGACAGAGUUAGCUAAACAAGUCAUUGAAUACGCCAGGCAGCUAGAAAUGAUAGUCUAGCAGAGCUCCAGCUGGACUCUUUCUCUGGCCCCCUUGUUAUUUUAGUGUCUUACUCCUGUUCCCAUCAGCCUGUCCAUUUUAAAAACUAUUUAAAAGGUUUCUCUGGAACAGCACAAUUACAAAGCAUGAGCGGCCAGGCUGCCUCGUUCCUUUAUGCAGUCAUGUCCCGUAGGCAGGGAGAGUCCUUAGGGGCUACACUGCUCUGGGCUUCUCUCAUUCAGCAGCAUGGGUGGAGGGCAAGACCCUUUUUAAAACACUUCCAAACUCUUCUCCAUGUGGAGGAUCCACUUUCCAGCUCAUAGCCCUUAACACCCAUGUUCUGGAGGCUGUGAUACGGGUGAUGGCCUCUAUUCUACCUGCCUUUGUCGAGCAGGAUAGAGGGGGCAUGUCAGAUUCUAGUCAACAAAUGGUUAAGCAGCCCCCAAGAGCCGUCAUUAAAGUGUUUUGCUUUGUGUUCCCUGCUCCAUUUGUCGAGUCUUUAAAGGGACUAUAUCAGUUUAAAUAAAACUAUCGUUUCUUGUACAAAUGCAUUUUCUCAGUUAUGGUAGCAAGGAACCCCCUGAGCUUAACACUGCAUAAUGUUAAGGUUGAAGAAAGUCGGGCAUCCAGUUAACGUGACUGGGAAGCAGACAUCUAACACUUUAGGUGGCUGUGAAAGGUCAGCCUGCAAAUCUCUGCUCCUCGCUGUUUGAUCUUGUUUCUCUGGGCAAUGAACUGAGACUAUAGAGGAAGGAUGGUCUGGGGCUUAAGAUGCUUGGCUGGGACUUGGAAGACCCAGUUUCAUUCCCUGCUGUGCCACAGAAUACCUCUGUGACCUUGGCCACGUCACCUAAAUACACCUUUGGAGGUGCUAGGACUCAGUCCCCCCUGUAAAGUGGAGAUCACAGCGCUAUCCUGCCUCACGGGUGGUGUGGGGCUCUGGUACUACGGUGACAGGGACCAUGUAAGUACCUUAGACAGCUAGGUCCUUUCUCUGGGUUCUCCAAGGCUGCAAGAUUUGGCUACAGCUAGCACGGGCAUGUUUAUAGCCAGACAGACUGGAGGAGUUUUUUUUGUGGGACUUAAAAAUAAAAUAAAUAUU